ACAAGGUUGGUGAUGGGAGACGGUCGUAUAAUGACAGAACAGUUCGAGUACAUUCAAGCCAGCAAUACCCUUCUUAUCCACACUCCACCCAGUAACUUCAGUGGCUACUCUCGGGCUACCGUAGCAUUGGACUACGAUCGGUCCCUGGUCUUUGUCAACAUACACGAUGAAAACAUCUGCAUUGCAUUCCCAUGGCCUGCAGAAAUGGCUAACAACCUGCAAAAGUUCAUGUCGGAAGAGGGCGAGCAAAAUGAGGGUGAAGUGCUUGACAUCGUUGCCCGAGAGUUGACCGACAUGAACUUUGUGAACGUUGGCGAGAUCCCCGCCGGUUUCCUACAAGGGUCCAGCGGUACAACCGUCGGGGCCCUUUGCGCUGGGAGAGCCAGUUACUGGUUAGAGGACAACACCGUUGCAUCCAGACAACGAAGAUUAGCUAGAGCUACAGUAACUGAUAUUAUUAUCAUCUGUUGGCCUGAGUGUUGUAUUGUCAUCGAACUUGAGCCGUUAGGGCCGGUGGGACCUGGACCUCUUUAACGCAGUCUUUUAAUUCGGAGGAGUGGAAAUCUAUUUCAUUUAUUUAGGGAUCACAUUAGGGAUCACCUCGCUAGCUCGAUCGUUUUGGAGUUGAUUUCCAUAUAAUAAUAGAUAUAAUAAUAUAAUAAUAAUCCACUUCAAAGUAGUGAUUUUAAUUUCUCUUUGAGAGUGGAUUCCACUCUUUUGAGCGUGGAUUUUCACUCUUAAAUGAAAUCAUCCCUAAAAGACUCCUUAAAGAGUGAAUUUCUUCACUGUACAUUUUAGAAAGUAUAUUGCCAGUUUACCUCAAUGCAUUUUGUAUGUGCCUACUGAAAACAGAACUGGAGAAAUGAAAGUUCACAGUUUUACCUUAUUUUUUACUAUAGCUACAAUUAUGUGGGUGAAAAAACAGGUGGCUCUUGCGAUCAUGUGAAACUCAAUGUCGAGUAAAAAAAAAAAAAAAAGUAACUAUUGCAUUAGUCUUGUAUUCAAAAUUUAUUUUUCAUUUGCUAUUUACAGUUUAAUACAGUAAAUCAAUGGAGUUACACUUACUUUUAUAGCAUAUUCAUUCAUUCUUUACGCAAUCACAAUAAAUUGAUAAAAACCUUAUUUCUAUUUGCGUCAUCUGAAUUCCAAACAAAAAUAGAUUAGUCAAAUCUAAAGAAAAUAGUAGUUUUUUGUACAUGUAUUCGAUGGGAAGUCCGACACCAAAAAUGUAAUAGAGAGCUUGGAACUUGUAUUUAUAAUAUCGUAAUAUUUCAACUCUUAUUUCAGUUCGAUCGUUGUAACUUCGAAGUGGAUUAUUUUGGUGUUGAUAUAAUCAUGUAUGAUACUUGUUGAAAGUUUCGUUAAUAGAAAUAAUAGUUUAAUAAUUGUAAUUUUUAAAUAAAUAA